ACUGCCUCUUAAUUUGGUACUUGGUAACUCUGACUAAGAAGUCGUCGUCGUCCUCUUCCCCCGCCCCACCCAAAACUCUUUUUGGAAAAUUCCCUACAAGAGCCGAAUUUUUAAAACAUUUACUUUAUAGAAAGCAACAGAAAGGCAGCAUGUCGGCUGAAACACCAAUCACAUUGAAUAUUAAUCCUCAGGAUCUGCAGGUACAAACAUUCACUGUAGAGAAGCUACUGGAGCCACUCAUAAUCCAGGUUACUACACUUGUAAAUUGUCCCCAGAAUCCUUCCAACAGGAAAAAAGGACGUUCAAAAAGAGCCAGAGUCCUCCUAGCUUCUGUGGAGGAAGCAACUUGGAAUUUAUUAGACAAGGGAGAGAAGAUUGCCCAGGAAGCCACAGUUUUAAAGGAAGAGCUUACUACUGCACUUGAGGAAGUUCGCAAAGAAAGUGAAGCUCUGAAAGUAUCAGCUGAGAGAUUUGCAGAUGAUCCCUGUUAUCUCCCCAAAAGGGAGGCUGUGGUUCAAGCUGCCCGUGCCUUGUUGGCUGCAGUUACCAGACUCCUCAUCCUUGCAGACAUGAUAGAUGUCAUGUGUCUCUUGCAGCACGUGUCAGCUUUUCAAAGAACAUUUGAGUCUCUCAAAAAUGUUUCCAAUAAAUCUGACCUCCAGAAAACCUACCAGAAGCUUGGGAAGGAGCUGGAAAAUCUGGAUUAUUUAGCCUUCAAACGUCAGCAGGACUUAAAAUCUCCAAAUCAGAGGGAUGAAAUCGCAGGGGCCCGGGCCUCACUGAAGGAGAACUCCCCCCUCUUGCAUUCAAUUUGCUCAGCUUGUUUGGAACAUUCUGAUGUUGCUUCCCUCAAAGCCAGCAAGGACACAGUUUGUGAAGAAAUUCACAAUGCCCUCAAUGUAAUUUCAAAUGCUUCACAAGGCAAACAGAAUAUGCUUGCCCCACCAGAAUCUAAGGCAGCAACACUGGGAAGUGCCCUUGAUGAGCUUGAGAAUUUAAUUGUCUUGGAUCCACUCACAGUGACUGAGGAAGAAAUUAGACCAUCACUAGAGAAACGUCUUGAAGCCAUUAUCAGUGGGGCUGCACUAUUGGCUGACUCUUCAUGCACUAGAGAUUUCCAUCGGGAACGGAUUAUUGCAGAAUGCAAUGCCAUUCGCCAGGCUCUCCAGGACCUGCUUUCAGAGUACAUGAACAAUGCUGGAAAAAAGGAAAGGAGUAAUACCCUGAAUAUUGCUAUAGACAACAUGUGUAAGAAGACAAGAGACCUUCGCAGACAGCUCCGUAAGGCUAUUAUAGAUCAUGUGUCAGACUCCUUUUUGGAUACAACAGUCCCACUUUUGGUUCUCAUUGAAGCUGCCAAGAAUGGCCGAGAAAAGGAAAUAAAAGAAUAUGCUUCAAUAUUUCGUGAACACACCAGCAGGCUUAUAGAGGUGGCAAAUCUUGCUUGUUCCAUGUCAACAAAUGAAGAUGGAAUUAAAAUUGUCAAAAUUGCGGCCAAUCACCUAGAAACCUUGUGUCCACAGAUCAUUAAUGCUGCACUUGCUUUGGCGGCAAGACCCAAAAGUCAAGUGGUCAAAAAAACCAUGGAAAUGUACAAGCACACGUGGGAGAAUCAUAUCCAUGUCCUCACCGAAGCUGUAGAUGACAUUACAAGCAUUGAUGACUUCCUUGCUGUAUCUGAGAGCCAUAUCCUAGAAGAUGUCAACAAGUGUAUCAUAGCAUUGAGAGACCAGGAUGCUGAUAAUGUAGACCGUGCUGCAGGUGCUAUCAGAGGACGGGCAGCAAGAGUUGCUCACAUUGUCACAGGUGAAAUGGACAGUUAUGAGCCAGGAGCUUACACUGAAGGUGUGAUGAGAAAUGUUAACUUCCUUACAAGUACAGCAAUUCCUGAGUUUGUAACACAAGUGAACGUUGCCUUAGAAGCCUUAAGUAAAAACUCUUUGGAUGUAUUUGAUGAUGAUCAAUUUGUGGACAUCUCAAAGAAGAUCUAUGACACAAUUCAUGAUAUCAGAUGUUCAGUCAUGAUGAUUCGGACCCCGGAGGAACUGGAGGAUGUUUCUGACUUGGAGGAGGAACAUGAGGUGCGCAGUCACACCAGCAUUCAGACUGAAGGGAAAACUGACCGGGCUAAGAUGACUCAAUUGCCUGAGGCAGAAAAGGAAAAGAUUGCUGAGCAAGUUGCUGAUUUCAAGAAAGUAAAGAGUAAACUGGAUGCUGAGAUUGAGAUAUGGGAUGAUACCAGCAAUGAUAUCAUUGUUCUGGCCAAGAAGAUGUGUAUGAUUAUGAUGGAGAUGACAGACUUCACAAGGGGCAAAGGACCACUAAAGCAUACAACUGAUGUGAUCUAUGCAGCUAAAAUGAUAUCAGAAUCAGGAUCAAGGAUGGAUGUCCUUGCUCGGCAGAUUGCUAACCAGUGUCCAGAUCCAUCAUGCAAACAAGAUUUAUUGGCCUAUCUGGAACAGAUUAAGUUUUACUCUCACCAACUGAAAAUCUGCAGUCAAGUUAAAGCUGAGAUACAGAACCUGGGAGGAGAGCUCAUCAUGUCAGCCUUGGACAGCGUCACCUCCCUGAUCCAAGCAGCCAAAAAUUUAAUGAAUGCUGUGGUGCAAACAGUGAAAAUGUCUUACAUUGCCUCAACCAAGAUCAUCCGAAUUCAGAGUCCUUCUGGGCCCCGGCACCCAGUUGUGAUGUGGAGAAUGAAGGCUCCUGCAAAAAAGCCCUUGAUUAAAAGAGAGAAGCCAGAGGAAACUUGUGCAGCUGUCAGACGAGGCUCAGCAAAGAAAAAAAUCCACCCAGUGCAAGUCAUGAGUGAAUUUAGAGGAAGGCAUGUCUACUGAACCCACUAUUCUACUCUAGUGCUUAUAUUACAAAGUCCUGGUGAAACACAGUGCUUUAAUUUUACACUUAAUUAAUUCUGUAAGUUCACUAACUUUUAGAAUUUAACACACAAAUAACAUAAAACAUUGGAGGCAGUAUGUAUUUGGGAUCAUGUCAUUGUCAUCUUUUUCUGGCCAGCACCUAAUAAGUAUGCAAUACAUGCUUGUUGAAUGAAUGAACCUUUUAGAUGUCACCCAGCCUUUCCUAUCACAGACAAUAGCUUAUAUUCAUUACCAAAUGAACAUUGGAGACUCGAGUGAGUCCUGUUCAUCUGUAAAAGCUCAAAUACACUCACCUCAUCAUUUUGAACUAAAACAUUGACAUGAGCUCUUGACUUCGUUUUCAAUGAAAGCAAAAGACUUCAUAUUUUCCCAUUAAUCUCUAUAUUUUCUUUACCUGACCUAACCUGACAGACAUGUAUGAUACUCUUAUCUAGAGAUUGAAUUUUUUUUUUCACUAUCUAGAUAUCUGUAUCUAUUGUCAAUUGAUUAGGCUAACAUCAAACUAACCAAGCUCAACAGUCAAGUUCAGCCUUGAUUAUUAAUGAAACAUUUUUUUAACAUUAUAAAGAUUACAGUGAGUUUUGAUGCCACAAAUGUACCUUUUAAGUUUCCAUAGUAUUCAGCAGUUCUGCACAUUGAGGGUUAGGUUUAAACAGAUCCAUCAGAAUACAUAUAUGGAGGAAAAGUGAUGACCCAUUGGGGAAAUGGAACACAUAACUAUAUUCCUGAGUGAGUUAUUAUGACAGAAGUAGAAAGAGUUCUGCAUGACUCUAAAAAUCCAUUUGUAUUAGCUUGCAAUUGUAAUUAAAAAGAAAAGGCCAGUUUGAAAAACCUUUUGGUGUUGCGUAAAAUAUAACUGCAUGAAAUGUAUCAUUGAACUAAGAAGUAGAGUUAAUGGCAAUUAAGCUGGAGUGAUUUUAAUAAUAUUAUUUAAAAUAAAAAUCACUGAGGUCAUUUUAUAACCAGUCACUGCACUCAUCCUUAGUUAAGUUCAUGAAGGAUUUUUUAAUAGUCUUAGGGUCUGGUGCAUUGCCCCUCUCCUGCUCUCUCCCGAUCUCGCUCUCCCUGCCCCACCUUUCCUUCUUUGGAGGAGUUAAGUUUCAUUUUUUCUCAGACAUAGAGCUCCCAUUCACAAGAUUACAAACAUUCAUUCCCUAGUCUACUUUAUCAAAAUUAUAUUAUAAUUGUAACUUCACUUCAUACGACAUUGCCGUAAAUGAGUUGUCUCAACAACUAUGUCAUCUUAGUCUGAUAAGUAAAAUUCAGACAUGCAACAUCAGUUGAUACCAGGAGGACCAGUUUGGGUAAAAGAAUGUGUGAAACAUAAGAAUGCAUAAAGUUGAGAGUAUGAUAUGUAUGGUACUUUGAGCAAAUGGUAUGGGGAAAGGAUUUAUUUAAUAGAUCAUUAUCAAUUAUGUGGAAAGUGCUAACUUUUUAUUGUAAUGAAUUAUUUUAUUCUUCCAAAAUGCUGAGUUGCCUUGGCUCAGCAUAUCAACUUCCUAGAGGGUGAAAGUCAUAGGUCCUCUCUGCCUUGCACUCAGCUCUGGCCCACAAUAAUUAUUCAGGACAGAGUCCACUCCCCAAAAGAGAAAACAGUGCAGAAAGGAAUUAGGGAAUCCAGAUAUUUCUAUUUUCCAGAACUAUCUAGGUAAUAAAAAGCAAAAAAGGGAGUUCCUUUUUUUGAAAAGCUACUAUCAUUUUCUUCCAAGAGUAUAUUACAAGAGUGACAUCUAUGACCAUACUUUGCUCAGAUAGAAGUGUGAAUUUAUAAUUUAGUUGAGAAAAUAGAUUUUAAAACUAUCACUAAACUACUAGCUGUGUAUCUUCGUUCCUAAAGCCACAAGCUCAAGAAUUGUUAAGUGUCAUUUAGCAAAACUAAUGUCUGUUUGAUCCUAUGUUAGCUUUCCACAGGUUGGAGUUUAGAAUGCAGGACUGAUGCCAAAAGAACAGAAAUACCUUGAAAUUAUACAAUUACCAAAUAACCUCUAUAUCUUAAAAAAAUGACCCUUUACCCAAAAUGAGCUAUGAACAAGGCCUCUUCUUCAAAGUAGGUAGAUUUCCAGUGUAGCUCAAAGCAAAUAACUGUAAGUAAACAAAACUUAAUUAAAAGUACAACUUGAUACAACUUGGAGAAUGUCCCAGGAGUAAAGUCCACUGUAGUAAUCAAAGAUGUAAUAAGAACAAGAUGCAUAGAGCUGAGAAUGAUAUCUGUCCACCUGAGUGAAUUCCCGCAGUGGGCAGCAUUUUGAGACUUAGUUUGAUUCAAAUCCACUAAUAAGGGCUUAUACACGAGAAAAACUAGCAGCAAAUAUAUUAACAAAUGUUUGUGCUAUAAAGCAUAGUUAAAUGAACCUUAUCAGGAAGUAUGAAUGUACUAUAUAUAUUUACAUUUAAGUCCUUCUUCUGUGGGGGAAUGGCAGAAAUUUCUAAAUGAAGUGACAGUUUGGUGGCCCAUUCAUGCACCUUUUAAAACCAUAUCACAGAGUUUGGUGCUUCUUCUGAUGAUAUAUUUGCUUUCACCUGCUAAUCAAGAUUUGCUUUUUUUUUUUAGUGAAAUCAAUUUAUGUUAAUUUAUGUAAGAAAAAAGUCCUUGAGAGGGAGGAGAAGGUUUAUACCACCUACAAGGAUAGUUCCACUCUUAGUCACCAGCAUCACAGUCAAACAACAGACUGGAAUCAGAAUGAUAACUUAAAAAAAAUAUCCAUGAAAUCAUAAUCCAGUAAAGAUUGUUUUAUUUAGAAAAACUGGAAGGUUUUUAUCAAACAAGAAGAAUGAGAAAUAUGAAUAUCUCCCUUUUCUUUAUCACAAGUGGAAAUCAUUGGAUUAAAAUAUUUGUUCCUAAUGGAGUUUCUGGGUACAACUCAAUGAAUGAGUCAGGAAAAGAAUUCAAACCCUAAAUUUCUAAGGUAAUUUGUUAAUGAUCCCCUUUCUGUUUGUCUUAGGACAUAAGUGAAAAUAAUGAAUAUUAGAAAAUAUAAUAUCCUUAAUUAUGCCCUCUGGCCUUUGCAAAUCUCUUAAUUUAUCAAUAUCCAUAUAACAUGUCCCCCAUCAAAUGCCUUCUGUGUAAGAAUUAAGGACUCCAUAGUUACACAGAAAGGCUCACUUUUUCAGUCUGGCAUUUUGGCACACUUACCAGCUUCAAAGGAGGUCAGUUCUCAAGUCAUACUAUAGCAAGCUAAAAUUAUGAACAUGGAGAUAAAUGCCCAGUUUGAGCCUCAGACCCAAUAAUUAGUGCUCCUCACACUCAAUAAUGAGUGGCAGAAAAAACUAAUGCCUGACACCAGAGAAUAUUUUCAGUGGCUUUCUACCCCUUCACUUUCAAGGUGGUCUUUUCAUCACCCAUCCCUGGGCUAAGGAUCCUCCUAUUAACUGCUGACAGUUCUCUCCCAGAUAGAUGCAGUCAGGGCUGCUCAUCCCAAUUAUUCCCAGUUAAUGUACUUUCCUCUUGGUCCAUGCACCAAAAAUAUCCGUCUCCCAUCUCUUAUCUCUGUAGGCUACCCCCACAAAGAAAUUGAAUAAUAUAUUCUAUAGCAUUUAAAUCAUAAUUUUAAUUCCCAGCAGCAUUAUUUCUUGCCCACCCACCCUUUUUUUCUAUUCCAGAAAACAUUCUUACCCUUUUUGGUAUCAAGUGCACGCUUCGUGAUAGGGAUUGAGGUUCCCAUGGAUACAGAUUUCUGUAGAGUGGCAGAAUGAGUGGAAUAAGAUCUGAGACUUUUCCUGGUGAUAUUUACCAUUCUCCAGUGAAUUCAUUGCAGAAUUGCUAUCCUGUUGCAGUACUGUCAUAAGUAAUUCUCUAGGUCAGCAAAGUAGGCACCAGAAUAUCAGGUUGAAUGAAAUCUGUACUUUGUUUUGUCAGCCUGUCUUUUACCAAGACAGCCUGCUUAUUGCAUAUUUAGGAAUCAAAUAGCCAUUUUUUUUCUGUUUGGAUAGUCACAAAUAUUUCUGUUUGACUUGAUCAGAAAGUUUAGGGUCAUCCAGUUAAAAGAUUAUAACUUGCAUAUUAUUUCAAAAAUUCAAGUAAACUAGGAAAAUUUCUGCAACCUGAGAAAUUUCUAUUUCAUUUUCAUUUGUAUAUCACAUAUCAGGAAACAGCACUUACUCACAUGACAACCUUAUAGCAUUUUUUUUGUCAUAACUCUCUUUCCAUAUUGUUAUGAUAUCUUUAGUAUUAGUAUUUUGCAUGUUACUACCAAAGAAAAAAGCCAGGCUUACUGACAGAAGCAUCUACAUAUAUAGUUUUCAUUUUGGCCCCUUGGGUCUAUUAGGAAAGAAAGUAUGGACAUUAUUAAAACCAGGUGUAUGUAACUUAAGAUGUCUUAAUCAAGGCUGUAACACUAACCUAGAUAUCUACAAGAGAGAAAAGAAGAGAAUUAAAGUUUUAAAUACUUUUUUUUUUUGCCAUUUUAACCAAUUCACAUGAAUGAGAGAUUUUUUUUUUUAAAGCAAAAGAAACAAUAGUCUACUACAGUCAUCAUUUUACAUGUGAAUCUUUCUCCCUACCAACAUAGAUAGGAUCUAUUCAUGAACACUUCAAAAGAAGAUAAUUAAUACUAUUUGAGAGAACCAUUUCCAAAUGGAACCCAACCUUACCAGAAUCCUGUCUAUGGCAAUAGCUGGUUUGUAGGGCUGGCCUCUCUGUAGAUCCUAGGAUGAGAUGUUUCAUGGCUGCAGGCUGGCUUAUUGCAUCUAAAACUCCUCAUUGGUUUUAUGGGAACAAAUCACAAGGACUGCUGUUCAAAAUGAGUUUGACAAGUUGGAGAGGAAAAGCAACAUACGCAGAAGAGUUCUAAAGGGACAUGAGUAAGAAAGUGACGGAGGUAGGGGAGGGAAUAAGAAAAGUAAUUGCAGAAGCAGAUAACUUAUAGUCAAAGGGAGGAAGAGUUUUUGGUUCUAUGAAGAUUAGGCAGCAUCUUCCUGAGGAAUAUUUUAAGGAUAGAAUAGAGUGCUUGUCUUUGCUGGUUUGGGUGAAGUCAUGUCAGAGGCAGGAGGAUGAACUACAUAACUUUUGGGGAUGAUUUAAUGAUAUUGUUUUCAAGAUGAGAAAUGGAAAUUCUAGACUGCUGAUGGGUGAAAUUCCUCCCAAUGUCAGAGCUCCUUAGGAUAAUCACACAAUGUAUUUAACAAAUAUUUGUUGAGCAACUAUGACCUUCCAGGCACUGUUCUAGGUUCUUAGAAUACACCAGGCAACAAAACAAACAGUGGUCUUUACCCCAUGUGCCAACUCUGUGUUAAAUGCUAUUACCUUAUUUAAUUCUCUUAAUAAUCCUAUGGGAUAAACAUUGUUACCUACAUUCAUUCCAUAGACAAGGAAACUGAGGCUAAAAGAGGGUAAGAAUCUUGCUCAAAAAUUCAUUGGCUUUAAAAUUUCUUUUUUUGCAGUCGAGUCUAAACUUUAGCCAUUAUGCCAAC